AUGGAACUUCCAGGUGGAGUAGCGAACGUCUAUUCUGGUCAACCACUGGAUACAGUCAAAGUGAAAGUACAAACAUUCCCGCAUUUGUAUACUAACUGGAUCACAUGUUUGAGGGAUACUUACCGGUUAGAUGGUAUUCGUGGGUUAUACGCUGGUACGAUACCAGCAUUAGCAGCAAAUGUAGCUGAAAACGCGGUUCUCUUCACUGCAUACGGGUAUUGUCAAAAGAUAGUCAGUCUAAUCUCUGGUCACUCAGACGUAAAAACCAUGACACCCAUCGAAAAUGCGUCGGCUGGCUCAUUAGCGGCAAUCUUUGCGGCUGCCGUCCUAUGUCCCACAGAGUUGGUCAAAUGUCGUCUACAAGCAGCUCGUGAAGUUGGCAUCCAUUGUACACCUACGUCAGUAUGUAGAGAUAUGUGGCGAGAAAAAGGUAUCAAAGGAUUCUUCAUCGGUAUGACUCCAACUUUAGCACGGGAGGUGCCUGGUUAUUUCUGUUUCUUUGGUGCCUACGAGACAUCACGAUAUCUGCUAACGAAGGAGGGACAGGAUAAAGAUGAUAUAGGCCUACUGAAGACCGCAGCCUCUGGAGGUAUCGGUGGAAUGGCAUUAUGGGCUGCGAUAUUUCCAUUCGAUUCGAUUAAAGUCUCGAAUGCAGGUGGCAGGAAAAGGGAAAUUUGUCAGCCUACUGAUACAGGUAGCUAA